AUGGUUAAAAAUUUGCAGGGUCUGUCGGCUAUUAUUACAGGGGGCUCUCGCGGUAUAGGUGCAGGUAUUGCGCUGGAACUCGCGAGCCGUGGGGCAAACGUCCUCAUCACAUACCAAAGUGCUUCGUCGCAAGCUGAGGAAGUCUCCGCCAAGAUUAAAGCCCUCGGGUGCGAAGCUUUGAUUGUGCAGGCCGCCGGCAAUGACAAGGAGGCACCAGCUCGCAUUGUGAAGGCUGCUGUAGAGAAAUGGUCUCACAUCGACAUCAUCAUCAACAAUGCCGGCGCGGGCGAUGACUGUUUGCUUAAAGAUAUGACCUACGAUCUAUGGGACAAGGUGUUCAAUACGAAUGUACGGUUGGCGACGUUUCUUGUGAUGGAGAGUAUGCCGUACCUUGGAAAGGCGCCACGUAUUGUGAACAUAUCUUCCGUUAUGGCGCGUAUGGGCGGCGCGUACGCGACGGCGUACUGCGCGUCGAAAGCGGCCUUAGAGGGCGUCACUAAGGUGUGGGCCACAGAACUCGGGCAGAGUCAUAACGCCACGGUGAACUGUGUGAAUCCCGGACCGGUCGGCACGGAUAUGUGGUUACGGGAUACUGGGGCCGAUGUGCUGGCAGAAUGGGAUAUAAAAAUGAAGGAAACGCCAGCGGCGCCUAGGAUUGGGACUGUAGACGACAUUGCCCAGAUUGUGGCAUUCCUAGCGAGUGAGGAAAGUCGAUGGAGCACAGGGAGCACAGUCAAUGCUAAUGGGGGCUUAUGCUUUGUGUGA